UAAAUGUUUAACAAUUAAUUAUUAGUAUUAAAUUUGCACUAAUUCCAAUAUGACUUAUGUUGUUGACUGGAACAAUAUCUGCUUGGUAUGCUUGCAGAAAGGCGACAAUCUUUGUGUCUUCCAAAAAGAUGAAGACUCCAAUUUAUCUGUUGCGGACAAAAUAAUGAAAUGCUCCAAUUUCAUCAUCACAAAGAGCAACGAACAGCCAAAUAGUAUUUGCUUACCAUGCUUAAAUGAUUUAAAUAUUGCCUAUAAAUUCAGACAAAACUGCGAACAAUCCAAUUCAAUUAUAAAUGGAAUUCUCAGUCAAGAGCAUCUCAAACUCGAGAUAAGUGGACUUCGUAUUAAGAUUCCAUUGGGACUGAAAGUAACAAAGAAAGUACCCACUCCACCACCACCACCCACAGAAGAAGAAGUGCCCGUUGAACAGGAAGAAAUUAAAGAUGAAGAUUACGACAUUAAAUAUUCGGACGAAUGUGAAGAAUUUGAUGCAAAUGAUUAUAUGGAAGGUGCGGAGAUCUUAGAUGACAUUGAAGAAGAAGAUGAGAAAGAAGAAUACACAACUGAAGAAACUGAAAAUUUAGAAUUGAUUUCAGAGCUAAAUGAGCUAGAACAAGAUUUGGAUGACAAAAGCAACAUCCCAAAAAAGCGCGGCAGAGGACGUCCGAAGAAACAGGACCGUCCAAGUUCUGAUUCGAAAAAGGAUGAAAAAGAUUCUACCAAAGGAUCCCCUCGACGGGGAUUCAGCAAAAAGCAUAAAGGACCGCCAGAGGCAAAACCGCCAAAAAUUUGCGAAAUUUGUGGCAACAGUUACAAAUUUCAACAUGCACUCAACAGUCACAUGCGAAGACACCGAAACGAAAGACCAUUUAACUGCGAUUUCUGCGACAAGGCAUUUGUUUCGGCUGUCGAACUGCGACGUCACAUGCGAGUGCAUACUGGUCAAAAGCCUUACGAGUGCUCUUUCUGUGAACGUCGCUUCUCCGACUAUGGCAGUCGGAUAAAGCAUGAACGGACGCAUACUGGUGAGCGACCGUAUGCAUGUGUAACUUGUGGUAAAAGCUUUGCAUAUGCUCACGUCCUUACAGUUCAUAUGAGAACACAUACGGGUGAGAAAAAAUUCAUAUGCACUGAGUGCGGUCGGGGUUUUACCAAAAAAUUAUAUCUCGAAAAUCAUAUGACUCAUCAUUUGACUGGAACGCUGCGAAAACGUAAUCCAACUUUGGAAGAAGUUAUAAGAAAAUGCGAGGAAGUAAAGCCAAACGAUGCAAUUGCUUACUCUCGGGGGGAGUAUGAUGAUGGGAAUCUUAUUGAGUCGUACGUAAGUGAUCCUUCAAAAAUGAAUAUACAACCAAAAGAAGAAGAACAAUGUGAUGAGCCCAAUUCACAUGAAAGUGAUUUGUACCCUUUGCAUCAUGUACAAUAAGAUAUCAAUUAGAAUAGUUGAUAAGAUUAUGUUUAUGUAAAUCUAUUAAGCAAAUAGUUUAAAUAAAAAAUU